AUGGAGCAAUUAUCAGAUGAAGAACUUGACCAUGGUGCAGAAGAAGAUAGUGAUAAGGAAGAUCAGGAUCUGGACAAGAUGUUUGGGGCCUGGCUGGGGGAAUUGGACAAACUCACACAGAGUUUGGACACAGACAAGCCUGUGGCACCAGUGAAGAGAUCACCUCUCCAUCAGGAAACCAAUCUUGCCAACUUCUCAUAUCGCUUUUCCAUGUAUAAUUUGAAUGAAGCCCUGAAUCAGGGGGAGACUGUGGAUCUAGAUGCCCUCAUGGCCGAUCUCUGUUCCAUAGAGCAGGAGCUCAGCAGCAUUGGAUCUCAUUCAGCAAACAAUGCUACAGUAAAACACCUUGCCACAGAAUCCAAGGCUCAGAAACCACCUGCUAGCCGACCUUCUACUAAGCACAGCAGCAUGAAAGGAUUAUCCUCCUCAUCUGUUAAGGUGACUAAACCAUCACAUGCCAAUGUGUCUUUGGAUGACAUCACUGCACAGUUAGAAAAGGCCUCUUUGAGCAUGGAUGAAGCAGCCCAGCAGUCUGUUGCAGAAGACACCAAACCAGUAGUUGCUGCUCAGCACAGGAGGACAGCAUCUGCUGGCACAGUGAGUGAUGCUGAGGUGCGCUCGAUCAGUAACUCCUCUCGUUCAAGUGUAACUUCUGCAGCCUCCAGCAUGGACUCCUUGGAUAUUGAUAAGGUGACAAGACCUCAGGAACUGGACUUAACAUCGCAAGGGCAACCGAUCACUGAGGAAGAACAGGCUGCUAAACUCAAAGCUGAGAAGAUUAGGGUUGCGUUAGAGAAGAUUAAAGAGGCACAAGUGAAGAAGUUGGUCAUCAGAGUUCAUAUGUCUGAUGACAGUUCAAAAACAAUGAUGGUGGAUGAGAGGCAGACAGUGAGACAAGUGUUAGACAAUCUAAUGGACAAAUCACAUUGUGGUUACAGUUUAGACUGGUCAUUGGUGGAAACUAUCUCUGAAUUGCAAAUGGAAAGGAUCUUUGAAGAUCAUGAAAAUUUAGUUGAAAAUCUUCUGAACUGGACAAGAGAUAGUCAAAACAAAUUAAUGUUUGUGGAACGUAUAGAGAAAUACGCACUUUUCAAGAAUCCCCAGAACUAUCUUCUGGGGAAGAAAGAAACCUCUGAAAUGGCAGACAGAAAUAAAGAGGUGCUGCUAGAGGAAUGUUUCUGUGGAAGUUCUGUAACCGUACCAGAGAUUGAAGGAGUUUUGUGGUUGAAAGAAGAUGGUAAGAAGUCUUGGAAGAAACGUUACUUUCUUCUUCGAGCUUCUGGAAUCUACUAUGUCCCUAAAGGAAAGGCAAAGGUCUCACGGGAUCUCGUGUGCUUUCUACAGCUCGAUCAUGUCAAUGUUUACUAUGGACAGGACUAUCGGAACAAGUACAAAGCACCCACAGACUAUUGUUUAGUGCUAAAGCAUCCUCAGAUUCAGAAGAAAUCCCAGUAUAUCAAGUAUCUUUGCUGUGAUGAUGUAAGAACUCUACACCAAUGGAUAAACGGCAUCCGCAUUGCUAAGUAUGGGAAGCAACUCUACAUGAACUAUCAGGAAGCACUGAAGAGAACAGAAUCGGCAUAUGACUGGACUUCCUUGUCUAGCUCCAGUAUCAAGUCAGGCUCUAGCUCAUCUAGUUUGCCAGAAUCUCAAUCAAAUCAUUCGAAUCAGUCUGACAGUGGAGUUUCUGAUACCCAGCCAGCUGGACAUGUCCGUUCCCAAAGUAUUGUCAGCUUCAUGUUCUCUGAAGCCUGGAAGCGAGGCACUCAACUGGAGGAAUCCAGCAAGGCCCGAAUGGAGCCUGCAGGCCGGCCCUUCAUGUCUGUGCCACCUCCUGUAUCCCCGCAGACAAAAGUGGCAACUCCCAGCACAGCCUCACAGCCAUCCCCCCCGCUUCCCCCACCGCCUCCUCCUCCCCCCACACCAGGCUCAGCCAUGGCACAGCUGAAGCCAGCACCUUGUGCCCCCUCUGUGCCACAGUUCACACCACCCCCUCCGCCACCCAAAAUCCAUCAGGUUCAACCAAAUAUAAGCCAGGCCGCUGUCACUGCCACCCCUUCGUUGCCACCUCCUCCUCCUCCUGUGCCUGCCCCACCACCACCCCAGGCACCCCCAAAGCCUGUCAUGGCAACACUUCCUCUGCAGCAUAGUGGGAAGGCAGUGUCACCAGGGGUCACACAUGUCCCCCCCCUGGUGCCAGCUCCCAUGCCCCUUGCAGUGAAGAAACAACCAAGUGUCACCUCUCCACAGGUGCCUCCACUGCCCCCAGCCCCUCCUGGCCCCAUUUCCCCUGCAACAUUCCCAAAGCAGCAGAGUUUCUCUGUGAAGCCUCCUCCAUCCCCUCAGUCCCCAGUGCCAUCAGUGGUGAAACAGAUAGUGAGCCAGUUCCCACCUCCUCCUACCCCAUCUGCCACUGACCCCCAGCCUCUGAAACCCCUUCCACUGAGUGUAGCUCCACAGUCACCUCCAGCAGUCAAGGCAAAGCCCAAAUGGCAGCCCACUUCUGCUCCCUCACCAGAUUUCCCCCCUCCUCCACCUGAGAGCAGCUUAGCAUUUCCUCCUCCACCUCCUUCCCCAGCUUCCUCUGCAGGUUCUCCCCCUCCUGACAAAUCAGGGUCUCCAGUUAAAAAGACCAGCAAGACAUCAAGCCCUGGAGGGAAGAAACCACCUCCAACACCUCAGCGAAAUUCCAGCAUCAAGUCCACCAGCUCCACUGAGUACCAUGAGUCCAAGAGAACUUCAGUGGAUCGCCUUGUCAGCAAAUUUGCACACCCACCAGAGCCGUCAGGGUCUCCUUCCAAGGAGUCAUCACCUCCUGCAGCCCCUCCAAAACCAGGAAAGCUCAACCUUUCUGGCAUGAGCUUGCCUAUUGUCCUUCCACAAGGAGGGAUCCCAGUCAAGGCUUCUGCUCCAAGUGCAUCUGGGAAGGAACCUGUAGUUGAAUUCCCUUCACCACCAUCCGAUUCAGACUUUCCACCGCCACCCCCUGAAAUAGAUCUUCCUCUCCCACCAGUUGAGAUCCCAUCUGUGUUUUCAGAUAGCACUUCCCCAAAAGUUGCUGUUGUCAGUCCUCAGCCUCAGGCAUGGUCAAAACCAUCCGUGAAAAAAGCCCCACCACCCACACGUCCGAAGCGGAACGACAGCACUCGACUGACACAGGCGGAGGUUGCAGAGCCACCGGGAUCAGCUGCCUCUCAAGUGCCCACUUCACCAAAGUCCAGCCUUAGUGUUCAGCCAGGAUUCCUGGCAGACCUCAACCGGACACUGCAGCGGAAAUCCAUUACGCGGCAUGGUUCCCUCUCCUCCGCACGGAUGUCCAGAACAGAGCCCACAGCCACCAUGGACGACAUGGCCCUGCCUCCGCCUCCACCGGAGCUCCUGGCUGACCAGCAGAAAACGAGCAGCUUUGGGGGCAGUCACAUAUCUGGCUAUGCAACGCUGCGGAGGGGGCCGCCCCCGGCGCCUCCCAAAAGGGAUCAGAACACCAAGCUGUCACGGGACUGGUAG